UGUUUUCCAGCUGGAACUGUUGUUCAUCCAGAGACGUCUGUGCACGGCUAGAACGUAGCAAACUCAAUGGCCUUAAGGUUUGAAGCCGAAUGUCCCGAGGGCCUGUGUCCCGGUUGGAACGUGACGGUGAGGGGUGAACCAACCUCAGGAGCCAAAAGAUUUGAAAUCAAUUUUCUGUGUGACAGAAGUGAAGCAAUUGCAUUUCAUUUUAACCCGCGCUUUGCGGACUCGUUGCUGGUGUGUAAUUCCUACCUUGCAAAUGAAUGGGGCAAAGAGGAACGGUCAGCAACAUGUCCGCUCGAGGCUGAAGGACUAUUCCAGGUUGAAAUAUAUUCCGAUGAAGAAUAUUUCCACGUUUUGCUUGACGGGACUGCAGUUUGUCAGUUCAAGCAUCGGGUGGACAAUCUGAAAUCUAUCACCAGAUUACAAGUCUUGGAUGAUGUCAACAUCUCCUCAGUGGAAAUCACCAAAAAUACCUACAUGUGAUGCCGUGAGGUGACACCGCAGAGCUCAGCGACCUCUUGUCCGUGGAGGUGCGACUGAAGGAGAGAUCAGAGCCCGGUCAAAGAAAAUAAGCUCAUGUUGGCAACCUUAAUGACGGCUAUCCUCCAAACCACAAAUCUAAUUAUCGAUCCAAUACCCUAGUGAACAUUUCAGAAGGUCUACAAAUGUUUAUGAUUCACGAAUUUCUGAUGGAAUUCUUGCACUUGAUGUGACCACAUUUUGCCACCAGUAUAACAAAAUUAAUUAUUGAAUAAAAGGCCUUCAAGAGAAAAA